UACGAUAAAACGAAAGUAAAACUUAGAUCUACCUGUUUUUACCUGUGCCCUUGUGCUCCUGGCGCCACCUGGGCAAUAUCUACUAUGAAGUCAACGCCGAAAUGGCGUCCUAUAGAUCUUGGGCGCUAACUUCUUUUCUCCUAUGUUGUAUCUCAGGAGGUUUGGCAAUACAGUGCUAUCAGUGUGACAGUAAUGAAGAUUACACAUGCCCAUCUGGCUAUCCAUUUGACAAAACAGUAAAUGCUUUGUUGGACUGCAAUGGAUUUGAAGCAGAUAUUCCUGGACAGUUUUGUGUGAAAAUUUACCAAGAAAGCCCUGGAUGGGGAGGUUGGCAAAAAACAACAAGACGCUGUGCAACAAGGACUACAUUCGGUGUUGCUUGGGGCUGCAGAUGGUCUUGGGAUUACACGGGUGUGUUCAUGGAGACAUGUUAUUGUGAAGAUCAAGAUGGAUGCAAUGGAACAUCACAUGUGACGUCUAGUGUAUUACUGCUGGUUCUUGGCUCUCUCUUAUGUAUUCUCAGGCAGUUAUUAUAGCUCACCUAGUUGUUUUCUCAAGCCUUAUCAUUUCUUUGCAUACAUUCCAGUUCAUUAACUUUAAAUUCUUGGACUAGUGUUACAUUGUCAUUAUGCCAUUUUUUUUUUUUUUUGUGGCCAAGAAUGGCAUAUUUUCAAAAUCUGUAUGAGAAGAAAAAAUAUUUCAAUAAAAAGUAUCUAUAUCUAAAACAUUCCGUCAUUCAUUCCUCAACUUGAUGCCUUUGAUACUGAUGUAAAUAUUUACUUUGCUGAGUUAUUGUAUGAUGCUAAUUGUCUUUGAACUUUGUCUGCUGUUGUGAUGAAUGAUUGGCUCGUACGAGCUGUGUGUUUGUUUGUUUAGGAAGAUGAGAGGAAUGAAAGAAAGAAGAGCAAUAUUAGAUGGAUAGGAUGACAAUCCACCACCAUAUCAAACAUAUCAAUGUAAUAUAUUUUGGUUUGUGAAAUUUUAUUUUGUUUUAAUAUGCUUUGUCUUGUAUAUAUUUCAAUAAUUUUUAAACAAUAAUUUUACCAGUUCUAGACUAAAUUUCUAUUAAGAUAUUUUGGAACAACAUAAAUCAGUAACCAUAAGAAGUAGCAUUUAUGUUGUCCAUUUUUAUAACUUUUCUUAAAAAUGAUUAAAUUUUAUAAAAAUAAAUAGCCUUGUGAGUUUAUAACCAGAUCUUUUUUUUUUUUUUAAACAUUGUAUAGAAAUGUAACAGGUUCAAACAGGUUGUAGUGUAGUUCUCAAGCUAUGUUCUGCAUAUUUAUUGUGAGUUAGGCGUCUGCUUUUUGUAUAAAUUGUAUUAUAAUGACAUGUUAUGGUAAACAUAUUCCUUAAUCAACUUUAUAC